AACUUCCCCUGCGCCACAAGACUCCACUGGUCAUGCCCCGGGCCCCAGGCGCUCAUUAAAAGACCACCCCUCCACCUCUCUCUCUCUCUCUCUGCACCCCCGGCUUCCGUUUCUCGAUUUACGAUGCACCGUUGGUGCGCAUGGAGAUAAGCUACGCAUCUCCGAGUGCCGGCGACUUAACUUACUCGUCUUCCACCUCUUCAGGAUCUUCCAUGCCGUACCGACCCGUUAAAAUUAUCCCGCUCCAGCAUCCCGAUACGACGUCGUAUGGGAGCUCGGGAGGUGGUUCUUCUUCUUCGUCGUUUUGGUCUAAUUCUUUGUUUUCUGGAUGGUGGUCGAAGAUCAGGGGGAUGACGAUUAUUGAUUGGAUCGGGAUGGUUUUUCCUUGUUUCUGUUGGAUUCGGACGUACAGAUGGCGGGAGUAUUUACAGGUUGAUCUCAUGGCUGGGACUACCGUUGGUAUCAUGCUCGUUCCGCAGGCAAUGUCAUAUGCAAAAUUAGCUGGGCUUGAACCAAUAUAUGGGCUAUACUCUGGAUUUGUGCCAAUAUUUAUCUAUGCUAUAUUUGGGUCAUCUCGGCAGCUGGCAAUUGGUCCAGUAGCAUUGGUUUCCCUCCUGGUCUCCAAUGUCUUAAGUGGGAUUGCUGAUUCAUCAGAUGCAUUAUACACAGAACUUGCUAUAUUGUUGGCGCUGAUGGUUGGAAUCCUGGAAUGCAUAAUGGGACUAUUGAGGCUUGGAUGGCUUAUUCGUUUCAUUAGUCAUUCGGUGAUUUCUGGCUUCACAACAGCUUCAGCCAUUGUAAUUGCUUUAUCUCAAGCAAAGUAUUUUUUGGGGUAUGAUAUUGAACGAAGCAGCGAGAUUGUGCCAAUAAUCAAGAGCAUAAUAUCUGGAGCUGAUGAGUUCUCAUGGCCCCCUUUUGUAAUGGGAUCUAUAAUUCUUAUAAUACUCCAGACAAUGAAGCAUUUGGGAAAAUCAAGGAAGCACCUGAGAUUCCUGCGAGCAAUGGGUCCCCUGACAGCAGUUGUUCUGGGAACAACUUUUGUGAAGAUAUAUCAUCCAUCAUCUAUUACUUUGGUAGGAGAUAUACCUCAGGGCCUUCCCAGCUUUUCCAUCCCUAAAAGCUUUAAGUAUGCAAAGUCGUUAAUUCCAACUACAAUUCUCAUUACUGGUGUAGCCAUCUUGGAAUCUGUGGGAAUUGCCAAAGCAUUGGCAGCGAAAAAUGGGUAUGAGCUGGAUUCAAAUCAAGAGUUGUUUGGUCUUGGUGUUGCCAAUAUCUUUGGUUCAUUCUUUUCAGCAUACCCCACAACAGGUUCCUUCUCCAGGUCAGCUGUGAAUCAUGAGAGUGGAGCAAAAACUGGCUUAUCUGGAAUUGUAACAGGAAUCAUAAUGGGUUGUGCUCUUUUGUUCUUGACUCCAUUAUUUGAAUACAUACCCCAGUGUGCUCUGGCUGCUAUAGUAAUCUCUGCUGUUAUAAGCCUGGUAGAUUAUGAAGAGGCCAUUUUCUUAUGGCGUGUAGAUAAGAAAGAUUUUCUUCUUUGGACCAUUACAAGUACUACGACAUUGUUCCUUGGAAUUGAGAUUGGUGUCCUUGUUGGGGUUGGUGUUUCACUUGCCUUUGUCAUCCAUGAAUCAGCAAAUCCUCAUAUUGCUGUCUUGGGGCGUCUUCCUGGCACCACUGUUUACAGGAAUAUUCAGCAGUAUCCAGAAGCAUAUACUUACAAUGGAAUUGUGAUUGUUCGUAUUGAUGCACCUAUCUAUUUUGCAAACAUAAGUUACAUAAAAGACAGGUUACGAGAGUAUGAAGUUGUGGUUGAUAAAUCAACAAGGCGUGGACCAGAAGUUGAAAGAAUUUAUUUUGUGAUUUUGGAGAUGGCACCUGUCACAUACAUCGACUCUAGUGCUGUCCAAGCCCUGAAAGACUUGCACCAUGAAUACAAAUCACGGGAUAUCCAGAUAGCCAUCUCCAAUCCAAACCGGGAAGUCCUGUUGACCUUAUCAAAAUCCGGCGUGAUAGAGUUGAUUGGUAAAGAGUGGUACUUUGUGAGAGUGCACGAUGCAGUCCAAGUUUGCCUCCAGCAUGUUCAGAGCAUAAAAGAAGCUUCCAAGACAUCAGAUCCAUCACCUGAGGAAAAACCAAGUUUCUUCCAGAGAUUUCUUAAACAGAGAGGGGAGGAUGUAUUAGUCGCAAACCUAGAGUCAGGUAGUAGCAAUCCUUCGGAUUCAAUGCACAGUGACCCCCAACUGGAGCCGUUGUUGUUCCGAAAGCCUUGAGACUUGCCUGCUCCUGAAGCAAAUAGUAUGGCAAUGCCAUUUUUUAACAAGGCAUUUCCGAUACAGGGACUGUUAUUCAAUUGUUCCAUUUGUAAAGGUCGAUUGUUUAUUUCAAAUGUACUGGAAAAAGGAGUGAAAAUAAAAACAAAAAUGGGGAAAGGGUUUGAUUGAUUCCUUGCAAAUAGGUUUGUUUGUUGUAAAAGGGAAUGCAAUCAAGUAAAGAUUAGGAGUAAGGACUUCAAUUCUUGUAUGCAUUGCUUCCGAACCAGAUUGUACCAUUAAUCUAUUUAUCUUAUUUGUUAGCUAUGUGAAA